AUGAAAGUACUCUUGUUGGGCGUUACUGGCAACGUUGGCUCUCGGAUGCUCCCCGCACUCCUCGCCCAUAAGCACCAAGUAGUUGGCUACGUACGCGCGCCCGCCAAGAUCUCCCCCGAAGCCAGGUCUAAGCUGGAUUCCAUUGUUGUCGGCUCUGCCAGCGACAGCGCCGCCAUCAAAGCUGCUAUUUUGUCUCAUAACUGCGAUGCUGUCGUAAAUGCUGCUGGCUUGGCUGCGAUGACAGGUUGGACUUCUCAAGGCGAGUUUCCAACCAUUUUUGCGGCUGUCGUGCAGGCGGCUUUGGAGGCGGGACGAGAACGUGGUGGUGCGCCUAUUAGGUGUUGGCUCUUGAGUGGCUUUGGCAUACUGGAUAGUCCAAAGAAGCCAUAUUUGCUCCUUGACUACAUUCCCCUCUUCCCAUCCCACAAGCGGAACUAUAAGCUCAUCAAAUCGCAACCGGCUGAUACUUUGGCCUGGUCGCUUUUCUGUGCAAACCAAAUGAAUCCAAAAUAUGACAAGCCACAAUUCCCUCCCUCUGUGGACACUUUAGCUAGUAACUUGGUUGCAAAAGCAGACGCCCCACCGGCCUGGGCUGAAAAGUACCGAAAGGUGCCGCUGAUAGGGAAUUAUCUGAAUGUUAUGGCGCAGGCGCAGAGUUAUUUUUCUGUGCUAGAAAAUUGCGUGGAUUUCAUGGCUGCUGAUUUGGACAAGGGACUCGAAAGCGAAUGGAUUGGGAAGCGAGUGGCUGUUAAGGAGAAGAGCAAACUUAAUUGA